AUGACAUCUAUCGACCCCCAAAAAUUCCUCUCCAUCUUCUCCGAGAUCCUCGCCCCGGACACCUCCCGCGUAAAAUCCGCAACCGCCCUCCUCAAAUCAGACUUCUAUCCCAACCCCGCCUCCCUCACCACCCUCCUCGAGCUCCUCCUCACUUCCUCCCAGCCUUCCCCCCUCCGUCAGCUCGCUGCCUCCCAGUCCCGCGCCCUCAUCUCGAAACACUGGCGUGGUCUCCCCGCCAACGAAAAGGCCUCGUAUCGAGAACGGCUACUGGCUGCUGCCGUGGGAGAGGAGGAUCGUAAGAUCAGAAAUGGCAUUGCGAGGACGGUGACGAGUGUUGCGAAAUUGGAUCUUGAGGAUGGGGAGUGGGCUGCUUUUGGGGAGGAAUGUAUGAGGGCUGCCAUGGCGGGGGAGGCGGCGCAGAGGGAGGUCGGCACUUAUUUGUUGUUCACGGGGCUGGAGGCGCUGGGGGAGGAGCUGGCGGGUGGGGACCGGAAGGGCCAGUUGUUGAGGGUCUUUGGCCGCACGAUUGCGGAUCAGGAGAGUACGGAGGUUAGGAUGAAUACCCUGCUGGGGCUGAGUAGGCUGGCGAUGCUGUUGGAUAGUGAGGAGAAGGGGGAUAGGAAGGCGUUGGAGGCGAUGCAGGAGGCUGUGCCGCAGAUGGUGGGCGUAUUGAAGGGCGUUAUUGAUGAAGGGGAUGAGGCCAGGGUUACGCAGGGGUUUGAGGUCUUUCAGACGCUGCUGGGGUGUGACUCUCAAGUGCUGAAUAGGCAUUUUGGGGACUUGGUGCAGUUUAUGUGUGGGAUUGCGGGCGGGAAGGAGGUGGAGGAGGAUACGAGGACGCAGGCUAUUAGCUUUCUGAUGCAGUGUAUGCGGUAUAGAAAGCUGAAGAUGCAGAGCCUGAAGGUUGGGGAGCAAAUUACGCUUAUGUGCUUGGAGAUUGCGACGGAGAUUCCAAGGGAGGCGGUCGAGUUGGAUGAGGAGGACGUGACGACACCGAGGAGCGCGCUGGCGUUGUUGGAUGAGAUGGCGGAGUGUCUGCCGCCCAGUCAGGUUGUGGUGCCGUUGUUGCAUGCGCUGGGGCCGUAUGUGAACAGUCCGGAUCCGGACAGGAGGCAAGGGGGGAUUAUGGCAUUGGGUAUGGUGGUGGAGGGCGCACCGGAUUUUAUCGCUACGCAACUGCAUCAAAUAUUUCCGCUCGUGUUGAGGUUGCUUGAAGAUGAGGAUAUCAAAGUGAGAAGGGCAGCGCUCGAUGGGGUGAUGAGAAUUGCGGAGGAGUUGCCAGAGGAACUGGGCAAGGAGCAUGAGAAGCUCAUGCCGAGCUUAGUCAAGCAUAUGGAGGUUGCGAUGAAGAGCUUGAAGGGGAUGGAUGACAAGAUCAAUCUUGGAAUCAUCAGUGCGACCUGCAACAGUGUCGAAACUGUGGUCGACGGCCUUGACAAGAAGGAUAUGAAACAGUACCUCCCCCAACUCAUGCCACGGCUUAGCAGGCUAUUCACUCAUCCGGAUCUGAGGAUAAAGAGCGGGGCCAUUGGGGCGGUCGGAUCGAUAGCCGUAACUGCUAAGGAGGACUUUCUGCCAUACUUCGAAGAUACCAUGGACUCCAUGCAGGAAUAUGUUGAGAUGAAAUCUAGUCCCGAGGAGCUCGACCUACGCGCUAGGACAAUCGACGCAAUGGGCAGCAUUGCGCGAGCAGUAGGCUCAAAAGCCUUCCAGCGAUAUGUGCGACCAUUAAUGCAGGCGACAGAUGAGGGUCUGCACCUCGAGCAUCCAAAGCUCAAAGAGACGAGCUUCAUGUUCUGGGCGACGAUGGCGAAAGUUUACGAGGAGGAUUUCAAGCCUUUCAUGCCGGGGGUCGUCAAAGCGCUCUUUGAAUGCUUGGAGACCGAGGAGUCAGACCUUGAGGUCGAUUUCGGGGAUGAUGCCAAAGAUCUAGCGGGCAAAGAGGUCACGAUUGGUGGUAAAAAGAUCAAGGUUGCUGCGCUUGCUGAAGACGACUUCGUCUCAGCGGAUGAGAUUGAGGAUCUAGAUGACUUGAUUGCAGACACGAGUGACGAUGACUGGGAUGACGACGACAUUGAUGUUGUAUCUGCCGUUGCGCAAGAGAAAGAGAUAGCGGUCGAAGUAAUGGGUGAUAUCCUGACGCAUGCUACAAAAGACUACCUACCUUACUUGGAGAAGACAGUUGAGACGAUACUACCACUGACUGAACACUCAUACGAAGGAGUGCAGAAAGCCUCCCUUUCGACCUUAUUCAGGGCAUAUGCGGCCGUUUGGGACCUUCAACCUGAAGAAAUCCGAAAAUGGACAGCUGGCAUACCAGUUGAGCAGGAGCCAUCUGCACAGGUCAAGAAGCUAGGAGAGAUCGUCAUGACUGCCAUGCUAGUCCUGUGGAAGGAUGAGGUCGAUAGAGCCACAAUCACAGAUAUCAAUCGCAACCUAGCACAAACCCUCAAAGCCUCUGGACCUUCUCUAAUUUCGGAGCCAAAAGUCCUUAAGGAAGUGACCGAAAUCCUCAUUGCCAUUCUCACCAAAGAGCACCCUUGCCAGAAAGACUUCAUGGGUACCGAAGCCGAAGAUUUCGGCAUGUUAGACGAAAACUCCGAGUAUGACUGGCUCACCAUUGACACCGCCAUGGACGCCGUCGCAGGCGUGGCUCAAGCUCUCGGCACAAGUUUCAGCCAACUGUGGAAGAUGUUCGAGAAGCCAGUCCUGAAGUACGCGUCCAGCUCAGAGCCCAUCGAGCGUGCAACCGCUGUUGGCGUCAUCUCUGAAUGCACGCGAGCGAUGAGCGAUGAUGUCUCCCCGUAUACAGAGAAGCUAUUACCGCUACUAAUGAAACGGUUGACAGAUGAGGAUCCAGAUACGAAAUCGAACGCUGCUUUUGCAGUGGGCGUGCUGGUGGAAGCUAGUAGUGAGGAAGGACGGAUACUGAAGCAAUUUCCUACAAUAUUCUCGAAGCUGGAGCCCCUCUUGCAAAUGGACGAGGCUAGGUGCAAAGACAAUGCUGCGGGAUGCGUCAGUCGAAUGAUCAUGAAGCAUCCGGGCCAAGUGCCCAUUCCUCAGGUCGUGCAGGCGCUGUUGGAGAUUCUCCCUUUGAGGGAGGAUUACGAUGAGAAUGAGCCAGUUUACGAUAUGAUUGUCGGCCUGUGUAAGUGCAAUUCUGGCUUCACAAUGAAUGUUUGGGCUGCUAACACUGUUCACUCCGCAGACUCAAAAGGCGAACGAACAAUCGUGGGCCUCACGCCACAGCUGCUACCAAUUUUAGCAGAGGUCCUCGCGCCAGAACCAGAGAACCAGCUGAAAGACGAGACGAGAGAGAAGAUCGUCCAGCUCGUCAAGUUUGUGGCAGGCAAGCACCCUGGUGAGGUGAGGAAGUAUGAGGGGCUGGCAGCACUUGUUUAA